AUACUAUUUCACGUGCGAUGGGCUCUGUAGAUUUUGGUUCAUGGAAAAGGCCUUUAAAACCUCAAUUCAAAACAAUAAUCUAAGCCAACUUAAACCAAGUAUUAUCAACCACUUCUACUGCUCUCUCUUUGGAGUCUCUUUUCUUCACCACCUCUAUUUCUUCAUGUGGAUUGGCCUUGAAAAUUACAAAGAGUACCUGAUUAAAGAGCUUUAGUUGAGGGAGAUUAAUAAUGGCGCUUGAGGCAGUUGUUUAUCAGCAAGAUUUUUUGGGCAUCUACAAUGGCUUGUUAGGAACAUCUAACUGGGAAUAUGACUGUGGCGGCCUGGAGAAAGAAAAUGAAGAUAAAGUUUCUUUUAAUCACUUUCUUGACAACCAAACAGAGAGUAAUUUUCUUCACGGCCAUUUCAACGACAUGUUGUACCAGCCGAAUUCAUCCUCAGAUGCCACUAAUAAUAUCGUUAAUCCUAAUGGUUCAUCUUCAACCUUUCAAGACCUUCCUCAAAUGGACUCUUCGGCAACCACAAGCUUGCCUUGUACUAGGCCUAAACGCCGGCGGUCAAAGAGCCGGAAGAACAAAGAAGAGAUUGAGAAUCAAAGAAUGACUCACAUUGCUGUGGAGCGCAAUAGGAGAAAACAAAUGAAUGAGUAUCUUUCUAUUCUUCGCUCUUUAAUGCCUGAAUCUUAUGUCCAAAGGGGUGAUCAAGCGUCGAUUAUUGGGGGUGCUAUAAAUUUUGUGAAGGAGCUAGAGCAUAAGCUACAGCUACUUGGUGGCCAGAAAGAAAUGAGGGAAAAUUCUGAAACUUUUUCACUUUUUGCUGAAUUCUUCACAUUUCCACAGUACUCAACAAGUGAUGAGAAUCAAUCUGCCAUAGCUGACAUCGAAGUCACCAUGGUUGAGAGUCAUGCAAACCUCAAAAUAAGAUCUAAAAGGCAACCGAAACAGCUCCUGAAAGUGGUUUCUUGGCUGCAUACUAUGCGCCUCACAAUCUUGCACCUUAAUGUAACAACAGUUGAUCAAAUUGUUCUCUAUUCUCUUAGUGUCAAGGUAGAAGAUGACUGCAAGCUGACUUCAGUGGAUGACAUUGCCACAGCUGUGUAUCAGUUGCUAGGUAGGAUUCAAGAAGAUGCUAUGUUUAAUUCAAAGAUGUGAUUUAGACUUAAUUUUAAUUACCCAUUGUGAUUUGCUACUACUUCUUCUCUUUAAUGUUACCCACUUUAAUUAUUAUAAUACCAUUUGUGGGUACUUUCUUUGUUUUUUCAUUAGUCUGUACCUGAAACUGUUCACUGCAAUAACUCUCAGUCUUCUCUCAUUUCAUUUUUAA